UCUUACUGGUGCUUCAGUAUCUCAAUUGAGCCAAUAGACGUUUUUGAUUACCGCCUAAUGCAUAUCCGCAUUCUUAACGCACACGUUCUCUUUUUAGUUUUCAAUACCUUUUAUUUAAAUGUAAAUACAACGUAGGCCACACUUUCAAUAUAACGUUAUGUCAACAUGAUUCAGAGAAUUCUAAUAGCACUAGUCUAUUCAGUGUACACGUCGUUCUGUAUUGCCUAUACAGUCUCAAUGAAUAGCGCAUUCUUACUGAUUCAGAAUUCAAGAGCUUGCUUUUUUCGUUGUUGUUGUUCUACCAUCAAGAUUUUUUUAUCUUUGAGUGAAAGAUUGCUGUUAAAGAACGCCCCCCCAUCCAUGUCUACAGCAUAUGCUGUCAGUCAUGGUCAAUGUUCCAACAACGGCGGGGACAAUGCGAGUGUUAUAUUUUUAUUCGUUAACCAGAGAAAACCAAAGCUUAACAAAUAUUACAGAUAUUAUACUAUGGUCAUUGAAUUGAUAUCAUUGAAAAAAAAGGACUGUCAUGGAUAAAACGAGGGGUUAUUCUACUCGCUUGCUUGAUCGAUAGAUAAGACGACGCUGUCAUCAAGCUGCAAACAGUACUAAGAGAAUCGCCAAGACGACAGAAUGAUGACUUUUAUCAACCAAGGAAUGGUACUCUACGUUGGCACGUAUUCACUCUAUACAGUGUAUAAUCCAUUUUUUUUUUCUUUGGAAAAAAGCACUGCCCAAAUAGAAACUUGAAAGUCAAUGCUCGGUUUAUCAUUAUUGUUGGGCGAGGAACGUCACAUAGACAUCCUACCUUCCUAACGAGUCCAUAGCAGCCUGGAAAGCAUUGGGAUUUUACUUUAUGCAGAACGCAAAAAUAGGUGCCCGUGCGACGAACAAUCUUCUUUUACCCCUUACACAAAUUUUGGAAAAAAAAAAAAAAAAAAAAAAA